GAGAAGCAAAAAAAAAAAAAGUUCAACCAUUGCAAUUGCAUGAGAAACACCAAAAGAAAGAAAGAAAAAACCAGGCAUUAUAAUGGCAGCUGAACAAAUGAGAAAUAUGCCAGAAAUAUGCGAAAAAGAGGCAACAAAUAAAUGGAUUAAAUACACAAAUAAAAUAAAGCAGACGCAGACGCUAAUGACGACGUCAACGUCAACGUCAACAACGACGACGCAGCGGCAGCACCUGUUAACGGGAAUAUUGCUGUUACUUAUGCUGCCGCAUGCCAAUGCUGUCCCUGCCGCUGCCGCUGCCGCUGCUAGCAGUGCUGCUUCUACUUCGUCAGCUUCUUCAAUUUCAUCUUCGGCUGUCGUCGCCGGUAGCCGCCGCCCCAUCGAUGAUCCCUUUGCCAGCGUUGCUAGCCUUAGUCUUGAAACGGAAUCGGAACAAACGGAAACGAAUUCGCUGCUGCUGCAGCAUCAGCGUGUUCCAUCCAUGGAGACCAGCAUGAACAUGAUACAAAGGAAUUACAUGAUCAUGCAUCCGGUGGGCCAAAACGAUGAUCACAGUCGAUCACUGAAACGCGCGCCAUUAACCAAUUCGAGCAUUGUAUGCAACGAUGGCACUCAUGCUGGCUAUUAUCUACGCAAGCACCCCAAUUCAAAGAAAUGGAUCGUAUUCCUAGAGGGCGGCUGGCAUUGUUAUGAUGUGCGUUCGUGUCGGGCACGUUGGAUGCGUUUGCGUCAUCUGAUGACCUCCUCCCAAUGGCCCGAGACCCGGGAUGUUGGUGGCAUUUUAUCACCUCAUCCGGAGGAGAAUCCCUAUUGGCAUAAUGCCAAUCAUGUAUUAAUACCCUAUUGUAGUAGUGAUUCAUGGUCAGGCACUCGCACCGAACCGGAUAAACGUGACCGGGAGAAUAGUUGGCGUUUCAUGGGUGCCUUGAUAUUGCGACAAGUUAUUGCCGAUUUGAUACCCGUUGGCUUGGGUCGUGUGCCUGGGGGAGAACUAUUGCUGGUUGGCUCAUCGGCUGGCGGAUUGGGUGUUAUGCUCAAUUUAGAUCGUAUACGUGAUUUUUUGGUCAAUGAACGCAAACUUCAAGUCACUGUGCGUGGUGUUAGUGAUUCGGGUUGGUUUUUGGAUCGCGAACCCUAUACACCGGCAGCGGUGGCCUCCAGUGAGGCUGUGCGUCAGGGCUGGAAACUCUGGCAAGGUCUGUUACCCGAAGAUUGCACCAAGGCACAUCCCACAGAGCCAUGGCGUUGUUAUUUUGGCUAUCGUCUAUAUCCCACGCUAAAGACUCCCUUGUUUGUCUUUCAAUGGCUCUUCGAUGAGGCACAAAUGCGUGCCGAUAAUGUUGGUGCUCCAGUGACGCCCCAGCAAUGGAAUUACAUUCAUGAUAUGGGCGGAGCAUUACGUUCCUCAUUGGAUAAUGUGACAGCUGUCUUUGCUCCCAGUUGCAUUGGUCAUGCUGUUCUAUCGAAACGCGAUUGGGUCAAUAUUAAAAUCGAUGACAUCUCAUUGCCAUCGGCUUUACGUUGCUGGGAGCAUUCUACACGUCGCAAGCGUCACGAUAAACUAAAGCGUUCUACCGAGGCAACCACAAGCCUGCAGCAGCAACAGCAACAGCAUCGGGUGCAACAUCGAGAACAGAAGCUACACAACAUGCAACAUGCAAAUAACCAAAGACAUCAGCGACAUCGUCAACGUGCCGAGAAGCACAAUAAUGUGGCGAGUUCCUCCUCAUCGUCUUCAUUGUCAUUAUCGUCGGUGGCAGCCGCCCCAGAUUCAGCGGUAGUGGCGCCCCAAGAGUCUAAGCCACGCAAACACAAUCAUUUGACCAAGGAGGAGCGUGAGGAGAGAAAACGCUUGCGUCAGGAGCAACGUCAGAGGCGGCGCCGUAAGCAGCGACAGCAGAGACGACGCCAACAUCAGAAGCAUGAAAAUGAAGCUCAAUCGGGAGGAGGAGGAGCAGGAAGUGGAGGCCAUAAGGCUAAAUUGAGUCUUAGCAAAGAGCAGCGCAAACAACGGCGACGUCAACAACAGCAAAAGCAAGGAAAUGGUCAUCCAGAGACCACUGAAAACGGACAAAAGCGACGUCUAUCUAAUAAUGCCUCCUCCUCCGCAUCUGCCUCCUCCACAAGUACCUUAUCAAGCUCCUCUGGCUCCAUGGGUAUUGCCUCAUCGUCGUCAUCAUCAUCAUCCUCCUCAACAUCCACAUCCAAAUCUAGUGAUCUCUCAUCGCCAAAUGGCAGAUCAAAGAAACGUCAACGUGUGCCUAGAGUCCCAGAGAAAUGUGCUUUACGUUUGCUAGAGCGUUGCAGUUGGCCGCAAUGCAAUCAUUCCUGUCCCACAUUAACCAAUCCACUGACAGGUGAAGAGAUGCGUUUCCUUGAGCUGCUCACCUCCUUCGGUUUGGAUAUUGAGGCAGUGGCAGCGGCGCUUGGCGUCGAUAUGCAUACCCUCAACAAUAUGGAACGUACCGAGCUGGUCAAUCUAUUGACUCAGCAGGUGAGCUGAACUGUAUAUAGUUGGCCUCGUCUGUGUAUGUAUAUAUAUAUAUAUAUCUAUCUGUAUAGAUUAUAAGUAAGAACAGAGUCAAUUUGUAUAUAAAAAAAAACCCCCAUCAAUUCUUACCCCUUAAAAUGGAGCUUAAAACUCGAAAAAAAAACUAAAAAAAGAA